GACAGCUGUAACUAAGCAUGAUGCAAGAUAAGAAAAGACCAAAAAAGAAUGAAUAUAGAAAUUACAAACUCCCCAGGUCGUCCAAUAACUUCAUUGACAUGAUACAGCUAAAGGACCCGAAAGUUACAAAAGAAUGGUUUUUCGAAACAUACAUACGGCCAAGGAAACCAGUACUUAUCAAAACUUUGAACACGGAUAAAGUUCGCAUAGAUAUUGACAAUUUUAGGCCCGGUAGAAUUUUGGAAACAUUACAAGGUGAACAAAAUGAAGAAGAGUCGGAGCAGCUGCACUACUUGCAGGUAGAGGAACUGAAUCAAGGCGGUUUUGGAACAGGUCAGAAACGAUUGAAGUUAAAGCUCGAUCAGUUUCUAGAUCGAAUAAAUAAGGGCGAAUCGCUUUAUUUGACGACUCAGUAUUCUGAGAACCAUGCCGAUCCCUUAUCUGAAACGGCGAGUCCUAUUACUGAUGGACCCGGAGAUGAGGCAGAGGGUCCUGACGAUGAAGAAGAGGAUGAGGAUGAGGAUGAGGAUGAGGAGGGUGAGGACAUUGGAGGCGCAUUUCCUGCUCUAAAUGGGAAUUUGAGUGAUGAUGAUGAAAUUGUGGAUUUGCACGAUGAUUUUGAUGACGUCUUUGAUGACGUCUCUGAUGAUGAUGACCACCCUGAUGAUGAUAUUGGCGAACCAGUUGACCCGAUCUAUCAGCCUCCCCUCUCGAACUUAUUAAAUGGGAAGCUAGAGAAGUUACCUCCACACCCUUUUGAAUUAACAGAAUCUCUUGUCCCACAGCAGAUCAACAUGUGGUUUGGGCGCACACCAGAGGAGUCUACACUGUUAGAUAUCAUUGAAUCUGAACAAGGAUCUAACAUAGCCUCAAUCAAUAGAGGCUUACCGACUCCAAAUUCUACGAGCACUGGCUUGCAUCAUGAUCAUGCUGAUAACAUAUAUGUUUUGGCGCAGGGAAAGAAAAGGUUCACUCUCUAUUCACCUGACUAUGCUCCUGAUCUUUACACAGUAGGAGACGUCAGGUAUAUUUAUGACACAGGAGUGAUAGACUACUUCCGGAAUGAAAAGGCGAAGAAUUGGAGCAGCAUACGUGCUGAUGGUGGAUGUAUUGAGUCCUAUAGUAAUACCGUUCAGAGCACUGAAACAGAAGAAAAGGUGGACCCCCCUUCAUUUUCCAGGAUACCUCCUGCACUACUACACUUAGAUCAAGUCGAUGAAGAAACGAGGAAGAAGUUGGAAAAGUACACAAAAGACAACUUUCCCCUAUUUUAUCCUGUUAGGAACUCUUCUGUCAAGGUGACUUUGGAAGAGGGCGAUUUAUUGUAUCUUCCCGCAGGCUGGUUUCAUGAGGUUACUUCAUUUGGAGAUGAAGACAAAAAUAACGUUCAUGUUGCCGUCAACUACUGGUUUGUUCCUCCCGAUGGGUCUACUUCAGAACAGCCGUACUCGGACAAAGUAUGGGAGGAAAACUUCGAGAUGUGGAAGAAGAAGUUCCUGUAAAGUUGUAGUAUAUAGAAUCUUCCCCUUUAUCGAGGGGCCAAUUUCACGAAAACACUUACAUCAUCUUUUGCACUGCCAUGA